UUAUAAGUUCGGGAAGGAGAAUCCUCGCAAUCCUCGCUUGAAGGAUUACGUGCUGUCUCCGUCGGGUGUCGCUCGGAUAUCUGAAGUUCGAGCUGAUCCGUGGGAUUCUGCCUCUUCUCCCGAAGCUGUUCCAGUGAAAGUCGUGCUCCCUGAUUUGAGGACAACCUCGGAUCCGGAUCAGCGCAAAAGGAAGAGCAGCACUCUUUUGAGGCCUUCUGCGCAUCCGAAGAAGGCGAAAGCUGAUCAGUCUUCGGAGAGGGUAUUUGUUCUGACUUAGAGCUUUUGUGAUCUGUUCCCUCUUUUUCUGAAACUGACCUUUGAGCGUUUGCCCUGUAGGAAGUGGUUUCGGAAGUCAUGCCUCCUCCCAAAAAUCUCCUUCACUUCAUGCCCUUGCCCGGGCAGAAGUUGAAGAGUGUGGUGGUUGCGGAACCGCCUCCUGUGGACCAACCGCUGGCUGAGGAAGAUACCAUCCCUUCUCCGCUGAAGCCGUCUGCUGCUUUAGGGAUCGAGAUCCAGGAUAUAACCAAGGUGAUGGAGGCAAUUGAAGCCGACCUUGUUCCUGGCUCGGAUGUCCCUAUUGUGGCCGAGCAGAAGGAAGAAGCUGCUGACGUUUCUCUCGAAAGGGAGAAAAGUCCGGAUAAGGAGAUGGUGGAUCUCACCGAAGCUCACGCAGAGGUUCCCGAAGCUGAGAAGGAGGUCCCUUCUGCUGAGGAGGAGCAACCCGAGCAGGGUCUGACGAGGAAGAGGCGUCAUUCGACCUUGGGCUCCACUUCGACCUCGGCCCUGGAUAGACUGAUCCACGCUGACCCUUGCUCGGAUGUUCCGCUGAAACGGAUCCCCGAGGAGGUAAGGGAGGCGAUGGCUCGCUAUGCCAGAGCUCCGGUUUUGGGGGAGAACCCCAUGGCUCACGUGGGAUCUUUGGUGGGUCCCGAAGCUGCACGGGAGAAUCUUCUUCGGGCCAACCCGCAGUGGAGGGUGAAGGAAAUAAUGCCCUUGGUCCAAGUAUGCAUUCUAUGUUAA